GUGAGUCACCUUUAACCAUCAAUAAGUGAUCUUUCGCGAGUAGUUGAUUGAUCCACUGAUACGACAGACUUGAUCACAGACAAAUCAAAUGUGUGACGAAGUAUAAAAGGUUGAUCCUUCAACUAUCAAUUCUCCAUCAAAAUCAAUUUAAAUAUAUGUAAUAAUACAACAAAGACUGAAGCGGUGUGUUGAAUAAACUGUUAUAAUGUGAUUAGAACAAGGGGCAAACUCUUGAGUGCAGUGUUUUAAUAAUUAAUUGACCUCUAAUUUGUCGUUCAGUUGAAGAUUUUUCCUCACAUGGAUCACAUCGUUUGAUAGUUGAGCUCUUCGGUUUUAAGAAAAAGCACCAAGAAAUAAAUUUGAGUGUUUUGUGCCAGUCGUGUGAUGUUAUCUAAUUACAAUUUUUCCUGGAUUCGCCUCAUUUUUCUCUGUGAUUGACUUCUUUAAUUGUGGAGGAUUGUGAGAUACUUUUAAAAUUAUUUGAUCGACAUACAUGGGACUUGUUCAAUUUUUUUUCUGUCACUGUAUUGGAAUGGUGUAGAGAAAAGUGUCGCCAGAGAAUCGUUGUCCAGAGUUAUUCCUCGUCAGUGGCAGAUGCAAAGUCCAUUUGUGAAGACCGAACCCUCAAUCUAAAAAAGUUCUACGUGUUAUUCGUGCUUUAAUCGUCUUUUAAUUGUAGACAUUUUUUUAUUAAUUGUGAUAAAUUUGUGAUUUACCAUCCAGUAUGCAUUCGACUGGUGAUCACAAAUUUUUUCUAAUUUUUGUGAUAUUCUGUGGAAGUGCCUUAGGAGCAGUUGCUGCCAAAGAAUGUUUCAACAUCGAUAUUCGCAAUCAUGUAUCCCAAUUUGAAAAGUUGCGAAAUUGCUCCGUAGUGAUUGGAUAUCUCAAUAUUGUCCUACUGGAGAAAACCACUGAGACACACUUUCAAAAUCUCACCUUUCCUGAACUCAGGGAAAUCACUGGUAUGUUGGUCGUCUUUCGAGUGUUUGGACUGAAGACCUUUAAAACACUUUUUCCCAACUUGACUGUUAUCCGGGGACAGUUCCUUCUGGCUAAUUAUGCUUUAGUCAUCUAUGAGAUGCCACACCUAGAGAAUGUAGGCUUACGAUCUCUCCUGUCCAUUCAACGUGGUUAUGUUCGCAUUGAGAAAUGCAGAAAUCUCUGCUACACCGACACAAUAGACUGGAAUAAAAUAACAGGUACUCUAGAUGGAGGCAAUUAUAUCCAGAAGCAAACCUCUAGUAAAUGCCCAACUGAAAAAAUUUGUGUUGGAUGUAAAGAUGCAUUAUGUUGGAAUACAGAGAACUGCCAGAGAUUUGAAGGACCAGAUUCUUUUUUUCCUCAUUAUUAUGCAAAUUGUGAUAGUAAAUGCCUCGGAGGAUGUAGGAAUGGCACAUGUUAUACGUGCAGAGGAAUAACAGAUGAGGGAUAUUGUGUAGAUUCCUGUGAGCAACCAAAAUUAUUAAAUACUCUUUCUGUUAGGUGUGUUAACAAAACUUCAUGUCGCAAUGAUGGUCGAAUAAUCCAUGAUGAUAAAUGUCUAAGUGAAUGUCCAAUAGGAUUUACAAAUUCUACUGAUAAGUGCGAAUUAUGCAAGGGAAACUGCCCGAAAACUUGCUACGGAACGCAAAUAGAUUUCAUAGAGAAUGCUGAAAAGCUCAGAGGAUGCACCACUAUAAAUGGUUCGUUACAGAUUAAACUAAAUACGGAUAUGGCAAAGUUGUCUGACGAACUUGAAGAAAAUCUUGGAGCAAUUAGAGAAAUAGAUGGUUAUUUGAAAAUUUACCGAUCAUCUUCUAUAACAUCAUUGAAAUUCUUGAAGAGUCUCCAUGUAAUUCAUGGCUAUGUGCUGGAAAACGAACAGUUCGCCCUGGUUGUGUAUGAAAAUAGCAAUUUGCAACAACUUUUCGAAUUUGAUGGUGAGCGCAGUGAAUUAAGAAUUGAAAGAGGUGGAAUGAUGUUUCACUACAACCAGAAAUUGUGCUCUACUGAAAUACGAAAACUUCAAUUGAAUACCGAUUACAACAGGACCUUGGAUUAUAUUAGUAAGGAAUCGAACGGAUAUAAACAUUCCUGUGACAUGGAAACUAUUAGGAUUGAUUAUACGGUCCUAUCACCUACAAAUGUAACAAUAUAUUGGGAAAAGUACCAUGUGGAUGAUAAAAAUAUUUUGGAAGGAUAUCUUAUCUACUACAUCGAAGCUCCUAGGAGAGAUAUAACAACAUACUUCGGAAGAGAUUCUUGUUCAAGGUACAGAUUUUCAAUUUAUCGUGCAGAGAACACCGUUCUAAGAUUCUUCUCCUAUUCUUAUAGGCAUAGUUGGAGAUCUGAAUUGAUCGAUGUGGACAGUUUGAUUUACGAUGAUCAAAAGAGGAUGUACGCUUACAAUUUGACUGACCUGAAAUCAAGCACACAAUAUGCUUUCUACGUGCGUACCUACUUAUCUUCCGAAGGCAUCAACGCUCAAAGUACCAUCACGUACAUAAGGAUGCCCAUUGACAAACUCUUCCCGCCAGUUGUCAAGACCAAAGAGAAAUCAAGUGAUUUUGUGAUUUUAGAAUGGGCAGUUGAGUCUGUUCAAAAGUCGAAAAUUGCUCAUUUUUACAUAGAUGUAUACCGUAGAUCGUACUCCAAGGACAUCAUUGAUAAAAGAAAUUACUGCCAAAAUCCACGUACUGAUGAAACAGAAGAAAAUGAGCCUGCAUCUUUACAUUGCUGUUCAGAUCACGAUGAAGAAACAUUUGAAAUCAUAAGAUUGCACACGAGCUAUGAAAAAGAUCUCGAUUGCGAGUUAAAUCCUUUCCAGCCAGGAUGUCAAUUGUUCGAAUAUGAUCGGUUUAAGCGUGAACUACAACUCCUUGUGACUCAUUGUCAUCUCUAUCAUGGCCGCGAUAGCCCUAUAUGUCGCAAUCCGAACGCAAGAUGGGCAGGAAAAUGGGAUGGUACAACUGGUGAUAGUUCAAACACUAGAUACCGCGUUGCAGCUAACACUUUCACAUUCAAAAUCCCCAAUCUUUCCCCAUAUACUCUCUACACCUUCCAUGUAUUUGCCUGUACUGCGGAAUUCGACUGCAGUACCUACUAUUCGCACAACGAACGUACAGCAAUCGACAGUCAAGCGGACCUCACCAGGAACACAUCGAUCAUUGUUGAUCCGGACAUAUCAAAGAAUACAUCCAUCAGUCAUAAUCCGGAUAAUGCUGAUAAGAUAGUUGCUAUCCGGUUCCACGAACCUAUUGAACCAAAUGGGCUAACGGUGGCGUAUAAGGUGGAAAUUCGGAAGAUAAUCAAUAAUGAGGGUGACCCAGGAUGUGAAAUCGUUUGCAUUACCCGUAGGGAGCAUGAAUUAAAUGACAACAUUUUUAGGUAUCAGACUUUUGAAAUGACACCCGGUACGUAUAGCUUUCGGGUGCAGGCGAUUUCUUUAGCCAUGGACGGACCGUGGUCCGAUCAGUUACUCUAUCCUGUAUUGGAAAGAAUUCCAGUCACCAAUAGCUCCAUGAUUAUUGUCAUCGUGGUCGUCGUUCUUUUCAUUGUAUCCUGUGGCUUUUUCGUGUGGUACAAAUAUGUCCGAAAGGUUGAGAAUAUGGAUGACACCGUAGUUCUCAUGUCAGACCUGGAGCCUCCACAGGCCGAAGAAGACUCUCUUUUGGAGAUGCAUAAGAUCAUCAGGGAAAGGCAACGGGAGGCAGAGAAAAGCCGUACCACAGAGGCAGGUGGAGAUGUCUAUGAAGCUGGUCCAUCUCGACUAUCGGAACCAGCAGCAACGGAAAAGGCCAUUAUCUGCAAAUUUCGCCUGGAUGAGGAAGAUUCGUCAGAUGAUGGUGACAAAGCUCUUGUGAUCUUCGAGUAAAAAUUGCGUUUUGUGUUAUUUUACAUUUGAUCAUUUUAUUGCUCGUGUUUCACUUUCGCAACUCGAUACCUCAUUUUAAAUUAACUGUAUUCCCAGAAUCGUUUUCUAAAGAGAAAUACCAAACAAUAUUGUAUAUAUGAGAUUGUAAAGAAUUAAAAAAGUUGCUUUUAGAAAAUGAAAAA